AUGACCAGCAUCAUUCAGGAUAUAGGGGGAGCUUGGGGUCAAAACAAGACUAUGGCUAUGCAGAAUGGAUAUCUUGAUCGAGCGCAUGGCCUCUUUUCAGGCUAUCUCUCCGGUUGGAGUAACCUUCAGAUUGCAGGCGCCAUCUUGCUGAUCAUUAUCACCUAUGACCAAUUACGAUAUAUCCAACAGAAGGGUUCCAUAGCUGGUCCCAAGUUCAAAAUUCCAAUAAUGGGGCCGUUCAUCCAAGCUCUCUAUCCAAAGUUUGAUGCAUACCUUGAACAGUGGGCAAGUGGUCCCCUCAGCUGUGUAUCUGUAUUCCACAAAUUCGUCGUUCUAGCAUCGGAUCGUGACAUCGCGCACAAAGUCUUCAAGUCGCCUACCUACGCUAAACCUUGCCUCGUCCCAAUCGCAACUGAGAUCAUGAGUCCGAAUGCGUGGGUGUUUCUUGCUGGAAAAGCACAUGCCGAGUUCCGGAGAGGCUUGACUGGUCUCUUCACGAACAAGGCUCUCAGUACUUACCUUCCGGUCCAGGAAAGGGUCUACGCCGAUUAUUUCGACAAAUUCGUUGCCGCCAGCGAGGCCAACAAAGGGAAACCUAUGGGGUUUAUGGGGCAUUUCAGGGAAAUUAACUGCGCACUGUCGUGCAGGACUUUCUUUGGAGGUUAUAUCUCGCAGGCAGCCAUCAAACGGAUUGCCGAUGACUUCUAUCUUGUCACUGCCGCGCUUGAACUUGUCAACGUCCCGCUCUCCAUCUACGUUCCGUUCACUAAACCUUGGAGGGGAAAGCGCACGGCAGAUGCUGUUCAGGCCGAGUUCACCAAGUGUGCCGCAGCAUGCAAGGCAAACAUGGCAUCCGGUGCUGAGCCGACAUGCAUUGUUGAUCAGUGGGUACUACACAUGAUGGAGUCUAAACAAUAUUAUGAGAGGAUCGCAGCCGGGGAAGUCGGGCUGGAGAAGCCUACAAACCUCAUCCGCGAGUUCACCAAUGAAGAGAUUGGGCAGACGAUGUUCACGUUUCUCUUUGCAUCUCAGGAUGCGUCUAGCAGUGCGACUACGUGGAUGUUCCAGAUCCUUGCCCAGAGACCUGAUGUCUUGGAUCGCCUCCGGGAAGAGAACCUUGCCGUACGUUCGGGCGACAAGACGAGACCUUUUGAGCUGUCCAUGUAUGAGUCUCUCACGUACACCAAUGCAGUGAUCAAGGAGCUUCUACGACACCGCCCGCCGGUCAUCUUUGUGCCCUAUCUCGCGACGAAGGACUUCCCAGUUACUCCAGACUACACGGUGCCCAAGGGCGCGAUGAUUGUUCCGUCCUGCUAUCCGGCUCUUCAUGAUCCUGAGGCUUACCCAAAUCCUGAUGUGUUCGACCCAGACCGCUGGAUCACGGGUGAUGCCCAAUCGAAAACCAAGAACUGGCUCGUCUUCGGUACCGGUGCACACGACUGUCUCGCACGCAGCUAUGUGCCGCUCACCAUGGCGGCCAUGAUUGGCAAGGCCGCAUUGGAGAUUGACUGGGUACACCAUGCUACACCCCGUUCGGAGGAGAUUAGAGUUUUUGCCACGUUGUUCCCCAUGGACGAAUGUCAGUUGGUCUUCUCAAAGCGCAAAACUGUCGAACGUGCACUCCGCUUCUCCCGAAACCAUUCUCCAUCCGAACCGCAAUGUCAGUCUACAAAAUCGAGAGAUAUGGCUGCUUCCAAAGGUACAAUCCUGAUGACGGGGGCGAACGGCGGUCUCGGUGUCGCUCUUGUAUCACAUAUUACCGCAUCCCCAGAACUAUCCGCAUAUCAUUGCAUCUACACUGUACGCAACGUUGAUGCGGCUGCAGCUCUCAAGUCGGCUCUCGCAAAUGCUCCCACGUCUCAUUCCCACGAGAUCGUUGCGCUUGAUAUGGCCAAGCUCAGUGGUGUGCGGGACCUCGCCAGCACCAUUGCUGCUCGUGUUGCGGCUGGAGAAAUACCACCUAUUCGUGCAGCCUUGCUCACUGCAGGGUACAUAGAGUACAAUACACAGAAUUGGACUGACGAGGGCCUGGAUCUGAGUUUUGUGGUGAAUUACCUCGGAAAUUGGCUUUUGACUUUGAUGCUGCUACAGAGCAUGGACCGUGAAGCUGGGAGAAUCGUCGUCGUCAACAGCUGGACUUAUGACCCUAACGACACGCGCAACGGCCCUGUCCCAGAGCAAUGGAGGACUGUGUUUAAAGAUAGCACGUCGGCAGUCGCCAAGGGGAGUUGGAGCAACAAUAGUCAGAACCCCUCCUUUCAAUCUGGUCUGCGACGUUAUGGAGCUGCCAAGUUGUGUCUGAUGAUGAUGGUUGGGGAACUACAGCGGCGCCUCAAUAGCGACCCAGUAUUAAACAACAUCCUCAUCCUCAGCGUUGACCCUGGUGUUUUCGCCAGCGAUAUUUCUCGAAGAAGUCCUUGGCCCAUACGCUUCCUCAUGUAUUGUACCACCAUCCCUUUGUUGGCAAGUAUUACGACAUGGCUUUGGCCCAAUGGGACGGUACGCACUCAAACUAAGGGAGCUCAAGAUAUUAUCCACGCUGCCUUUGAGUCCAAUGGCGCGUCAGAUGAGAGGACGACGAACACGUAUCUGGACGGCACCACUCCCAGGGAGAUGAGUACCGAGGCAAGAGAUGUGAAGAAGCGCGAAGUGCUGUGGAGAGAGAGCAUCGAAUACGCACAACUCAAGGAAGGAGACACAGUCUUGGUGAACUGGAGGUAA